GGAAGAUGUGCAAUGAUGAAAGGAGCUGGCUAGUCAUGGUCUUCAUUCACUCUGCGUUAUCCUUGCCUCUUCAGCAAACAGUCGUGUACCCCGAGUUCGUUGAAAGCAGAAGCGCAGAUGGCGAGAAAAUGCUGAAAAUAACGGACGACCUCGUUCUCACACUGGAACACAAACCUGCCUUUGAGGAGCAGUUCAGCGUGACCACUUUCAACGAGGAUGGAACAGAAAUCAACUACAGAGAACGGGGACGCGACUACAACGGUGACUUUUACGUAGAUCGGGCACAACAAGCAUCUGUGAGAGUAUCACAGGAUGACGGCUUGGAAGUCCACGGCAUCAUAGGCGAAGCUGUUCGCAUCGAGCCCAUAUGGGUGAGGGAAAGGUCAGAUAGAGGUCAAGUGGCGCAUCUGCUGACUCGUGAGAAGUUAAAAGACAUGCCACAUCACCUUAACUACGCUGACUCGUCUUUGCUGAAGGCGACGAUUGACGAACCACGUACCUCCGCAAGACAUCUCGAGAAAAGAAGUAACGACAUAAUAAACCCAGAAAUUCAUCUAGUCAUCGACUCAAUACUCUUUAGAGCUUUUCAUAACAGCACGACGAAAAUAUUUCAGUAUUAUGGCGUCGUUCUCAACGCGGUCAACCUGAGGCUCGACACCAUCACGUCACUUAAGGUGGAAGCGAAGAUCACGGGAUUCACUAUCCAUAAUGGAUCUGUUGAGCCUUACUUCGACAUCCAAUUUUAUGGGAACACGUAUUACAUCGACGACAUGGGAACGCUGGAAAGAUUAAACGACUACUACCAGAAAUAUAGGAGAGAUACUUACUAUAGUGCCGACAUCCUUUUCCUAAUCACUGGGGAGGACAUCGGUUUCAUAUAUGAUGACAUUUUAGACGAAGACUCUCAAGGAAUCGCAUACAUCGGCGGUGCCUGUGGAAACAAAAGAGUUGGAGUCUGCGAAGACAGAGCAGGGUCGUUCGAUGUGGUUCGGACAUUGGCGCACGAAAUGGGACACAGCCUAGGAUGCACACACGAUGGAUCUGACCCUGACAAGGAGAUUCCUAACCACCCCAGUGCGACAUCCUGUGAAUGGAAGUCCGGUUUUCUUAUGAGCUACGUUCAAGAAGACCUCAGCCAGUAUAAAUUCUCCAGCUGCUGCGCGAAGCAGAUGCUUCACGUAUCGAAACUCGACCAAUACAAAUGCCUCAAAGACAGCAACGGAGCAUCAACAACACUCGCACCUCCCAAAAUGCUUCCAGGAAGUAACACCAGCCUUGACGAGCAAUGCCGCCAGGGAGUCUCGUAUGAAUUCCAAUAUGACACGUACCACUCCCUAAGCGGUUGCUUGCUGGUGUGCGUCAGGCCGGCAUCUCAGGAGCGGAGUCGCCCUUACUAUCGACGAAUUCGCUCUCUAGAUGGCACGCCGUGCAAAUCAAACACGUCUAUGGUGUGCAUCGGAGGAGAAUGCGUCACACGUCCAGAUUAUCCAUACAUCCCGGAGGUGAUACCACCGUUCCGAUCAACAACAACAACGCGACCGACGACAACUAUUAGGACAACUAGUACAACCAUAGCAACCACAACCACGGCGACCACAACUACGACUACAAAGAAGAACUGGUUCCACAGAGCUAAAGAUUGGUUUAAGAGAAAGUUUGGAAAAGGUGGCACGAACAAACCGUUGACGCCAAAGCAGAGGGAAUUCGCCCUCAACCCAUGGUUCUGGUGGAAGAGGUAUCAGGAGAGGGCAAAGGCUAAGAAGCAGCAGCACUUACCCUGAGUCAGACAGCGUUUGCGUUGUUCACAAGAACUGGAAAUAUAUAUUGUUCGUCGAUCACGCAUGCGGUGUAUCAUACGAGGAAAUCCGAAGCUAUAGGUGGUUCUAUUUAUUACGUGGCUACACAUGAUACUCGAAUGUCUAAAAUAUUACGAGUUAAUAUGUGUAUGGUGUAUCCACGUUAUUAUCUAAAAACUAAUCAUGUUCAACCUAAAGUUCGGGUCGAUUUCAAAUUCCUGUACAGGUACCGCACACACAUGAAAAAGAAGGCAAAAAGAGAGCGAGCCACUAAAUAACUUUAACGUUA